AUGGAUGAUCAGAAUGAAGCAUGCAAACGAUUGUUGUUAGAUGAAUUAGGCUUCCUGAAAGCAAUGUAUACAAUGGAAGAAUUAGAAAUAAAUGAGCCUCAAUAUCCAGCAGAAAAUGGCCAAGUCACACAGCUAAUAUUGCAUCAGCAAGUUGAUGAUAUCAAUUAUGAGGUUGUAGUACAUUUGAGUAGUGAAUAUCCUAUCAUCCUGAAACCUUCCGCGUUUGUUCGUUGUUCAUUGAUCAAUUGUGAUUUGUUCAAUCAUGAACUUCGAUGUUUCAUUGAUCAGGAAGCUUUCGGUGUACCUCUUACAUUGGCUAUUAUGCAGUGGAUCAAUGAUAAUAUCACUCGUUUCAAGGAAAAGAAUGGGAAACAGAAGAUGCAAAUGGUAGAUGAUAUAAAAUCAGCAAACAAUACAAAAUAUGCACGAUUUUGGAUCUAUUCUCAUCAUACUCACAACAAAAUGAAGAGACGUAUGAUCAAAAAUACAGCAGAAUUGUAUCGGUUAGAUGGAUUUUUUUGUCCCGGAAAACCGGGUGUUAUUAUUGUGGAGGGUUUACGGACUGAUUGUGAUAAAUUUUGGGAACAAAUUCGUUCCGUGAAUUGGCAACGUAUUGUGUUACGCUAUUGCGAAGAGCAAACCGAUCCAUCAUUUCUUCGACUCGGAAAAUUUCGUGAAAUUCAAUUUCCACCUGCAAAAUAUUUGCGAGAACUGAAAAAAUUAUUAACUGAAGCUGAUUUGGAAUAUGGUUUUGCAUUACUGUUGAAUUUGUAA